AUAUGUCCUCUUAAAGAAUGGGCUCUGGAUUAAAUUGUUUGCAGUAACGUACUGACAGUGUAGAAACAGAAGAUGGCGAAAGCGCAUCUUGCGCCUGUAUCUUUUCCAUCAGCAGCACACAGCAGGCCGGAUGACGGCGGUAGCAACGAGCCCUGGCAGCCAGUCGGUUACACCUACAGUCGUUACAACAACAUCCCAGCAAAGUGUCUGAUGCCCGAGCUCUUACCUUUCAGACAAACUUUUCAGCCGCGGCACUGUCCUUCAAGCUGAAAGGUCAAACGUUGUGAGGGUGGUGCCAGAUGGAUCAUGGUGGUGAGGUUGAGAGGGAGGGCAGAGUGAUGUCCCAAGCUCAGAUGGGUGGGGUUGACUUCUGUGAUAACCUACCCAACCCUGAAGCUCUCACUGCCCAAACUCGAAAUCUCAACGAGACAAACAUGCUCCCACAGACUCAAAGUCUCCCUCCUUCACAAAAUGAAGACGGAGGAGGGCAUGGGCUCAUUCAAAAAGCCUCGCUCAGCAACAAUGGGAAGGACAUAGAGGAGGAACAGGGAAAGGAGGGAUACACAGGAAGAUGCGGAGAAGAGGAUGAGGAAGAAGACAUUGAUGAGAUGAUGAAGGAAGAAGAAGAAGAGGAAGACUCAGAGGAAUCAAGCUGUCUAAUUCGCUGCCAGUCUCCAGACACUCCCAUGACUGAUUCCUCCUAUUCAGAAACUGGCAGUCUGUUGGAGACUCCAUAUCCUUUCAGCCCUAGGACCAGUCCAGAGCCUACAUCCCCUGUCAUUCCAGUGGUCAGUCCAGAAACAGCAUAUCCCAUCAGUCAAGUGGAACUGAGACAGAGUGAUGUUGAAGUGGACUCUCAUAACUCCAACACUGAAUCAGUUGCCUCCGUCCCAGGGUCCAUUACAGUGGGACCCACCUUCACCACGGGGCAUAUAGAUUCCACCACACUAACUAUAACCUCAGUCACCAGGCCUACCAGCCCACCUGGGCCUACAUAUAUCACUGAAGCUGCAGACAGGUUAUCAAAAAAUACUAACUUCACUGCAGAACAUCUUACCUCAUCCACAGAGCCUGUUUUCAACCAUGGACUCACAUGUGCCAGUUCAUAUGCAGGACCUAUCACCUCAUCUGCAGAGACAUUUACAGUAACUGCUUGCACCACAAAGCUCAACACUUCCUUUGAUUCCACUGAUACAGAAUCCACUUCCAUCACAGGACUUAUAACCUCAAAUUUGGAACACAUUACCUCCACUCCAGUGCCCACUUAUUUCUCCACCUGCGCCACAGGAUCUAUUCCAAGCCCUGCUCUGCUGGAGUCUCUCGAGCAGUUGGCACAAAGAGGAGAUGACACUCACCUUCCACAGUAUCUUCACCAGAUUGCUGAGGCCUUUGUCCUUCACGAAGACUACCAGCGGGCGUUAUGGUGCAUCCAACUAGAGAGACUCUAUCACCAGAGAGUAUUGGACAACCUGAAUGCACUUCAAGAACAGUGGGAGAGUCAGGGUAGAAAGACUUCCCCUGACCUGGCAACCCAAAAUCUGGACACUCUUAAACACAUCUGCCAGACGCACAGUCGACCAAGAGCUAGAGAUGCUGUGUGUGCAUCUCUUAAUCUUUUGAGGCCUACAUUUGAAGAAGGUGGUGCGCUGCCUCCAUGUACCUCAGCCCGUCAGGUUGACGGAGGGAUGGAGAAGAGAGCGGAAGACUCCUCCCGUUCUCAGAGCAGCCAUCCAGUCAAACCCUCCAUUAAUUUGGCUGAUGGGCUCAAUUCGCCUGAGAUCUCAGAAAAGGACAGGGAAGAUCCAGACAGGGUAUUAGAGGGGAGGGACUGUUUCCAGGGAUCUCAGCUGACUGACAAGCAGGGCAGCGACAGCGAGGGAGGAGAGGCAGAAGGAGGGGUAGGAUACACCACUUCAGUCAUAGGAAAUGAACUGCACCCCUGUACAGCUGGAGAAAUGGAUCAAUCCAACCCUGCAGAGCAGCAGGGAGGAGAUUUAGCUCUAGCACAGGAAAAGGAGGCAAAAAGGGAAGAAGAGGAGAGGGACGUGGAGGAGGCAGCCGAGGCUAUGGAGAUGGAAGAUGAGGGAGAGGAUGAAGAGGAGGAGAAGCAGAAGGAAAGAGACUCUCAUUUUUGUCAGAAAGCUCUCUCAGUUGAGACUCUUGUCAGUGGGGCAGAGGUGGAGGUACAACAGCUGCACCAGGAAGCCCUAGCUGGGGAGAAGCUACAUGAGGACACUCAGGAGCAGAGUGAGGAAGGGCUGGAGGAGGAAGAGGAAGAGGAGUACGAAGUAGAGCAAGUUGACAUCAUCAGAGAAGCUGCCUCACUGGAUGACAUGGCUAAACUCAUCACUGUAGAGGAGAUGUCUCCUGCCUCUGGCCUGGUCUCCAUAUUGAAGAAGCGUGUUUGUGUUGACAACGUGACUGUGUCUGCCAGCUCACAGCCCCGACCUGACAAACCUCCUGCCAAAAGACGUGUCCGCUUCAAAGUCCCUGAUGACGGCUAUGAGCAUGAAGUUGGCGGUGGGGACUCCUGCCUGCUUCUUUUCCUGCUUUGUCUGGUUACUGUAGUGAUCAGCGUGGGGGGCACCGCCCUUUACUGUGCUCUGGGUGAUGCCCACUCCUCAGUCUGUCAGGACUUCUCCAGAAAUGCAGACUUCUACAUUGGCCAAAUACAGCGUGGGAUAGCUCACAUCCAACAUUGGUUUACCUCCGGGUUAUAGCAGCAAACAGUCAACAUUGUGGAGCCACUGGCCUUAUUGUUCACCGUAGGUUCCAGCAGUCCCUGCUACUUUCUCGGGACAAUAUUUUCUGAGGUAAUGGUGCCAGGUAGCUGCUACAGUUCCUGUCGCUAUGUGGAGCAAGUGGCUAUUAUGCUGCCUAAUUGGCUAAACGAUUAUAUCAGAUACGGUUGGCAUUUGUACGCCUGCGCUACUGCAUUUUUAAUGUUCUUUGAAUACAAUCCCAGGGUUCAUUUAGACUAAAAGUCGUAGGUCAGAUGUCCCUUUACAACACUAGUUUGAAAGGGAAAGCAGAGUGGAGAGAGAGGAUAACUGGAGAAUGGAGACUGCAUAACAGAAGAGGAAGAACUGACAAACAUCCCUCUCAGCUCUGUCCAGAUUAAAUUUUAUAUAUAUAU